GGCUUUGCUCGAGGUUUCCAUAGCGUCCGAGAUAGGCGCGAGAGUUUCUUAUUUUGUGUGUUCUGCUUGGUGUCUUUGGGGUUCCCUAAAUGGACAGCAUAAUAGAUUUCCAUGCAUUGGAGAAAGAGUUGGAAGAAGCUAUUGCCACUGAUGAGAAGUAUCAGAGAGAAAAUGAGGCCAAGUUUCGAGCAGUGCACCAGAAAGUAGCAUCCUAUGAAGAGUUCAGAGAUAUUGUUUUAGCAUCACACUUGAGGCCUCUAGAGAAAAGGGACAAGGUGAGGGAGAAGAGAAAUGUGUCGUGGAACACCUGCACCACGAAAGCAGACUGCAAACUAGAGACUGAGGUGCAGCUGUCUCCAGAUUUGGACCUGUUGCCUAAGACCUCUUCGGAAUUCUACAGAGAUUGGCGGAGAUGCAUGAAAAACAGCCAAGAGCGCUAUCAGUUCCUUAUGCACCUUGGAUCUCAGACUCUGUGCCAGCUCUUCCAAACAGAUCUUGCCUUUGGUCUCCUGGGUGAAUUCUUAGCUGUGCUCGCUGAAAAUGCCUGCAACAAAGACCAGGACUUGAUCUUGGAGAUCCUGGAGAGCUUUUCCAGGACUAAACGCUUUGGGCUGAAUGUGGAACUCCUGGGUAAACAGGAGAAGGAAGUGUGUAGGCAGUUGUUUGAUAAAUUACGAAGAAUGGGGACUAGCCCCAAUAAUCCUUCUGAUCUUUCAUAUGCCUCAGAUGCAGCAGGUACAGCUAUUACUCAGAUGGAUGACCAAGCAAAUGGACCUGUUGAAAGAAGGCUGAAGAAAUUAAUGCAUCUUUACCAAGUCUCCUGAAUGAGUCUUGAAUUCGUAUCACCAGCCACACCAUUUAGGGAAAUCUUACAGAAAGGGCUAUUGGACUUUCCCCUUUCAGAUGAAUGAAAGAUGUGCAAGAGUUUGUGUGUGCCCUUGUAGAUCUAUUAAUAUCCGUAGAACUAACACAGAAUGGAUAUUCAGUGGAUCAGAUAUCCUUACUAUUUGCCUUUUGUCUGCUCUGCACCAGUUACUUGGUUUUUACACAGACUUUCUUUAACCAGACAGUCCAUUGUCAAUAAAUGACAGUUUCUGUUGUGGCUUAUC